AUGAAGAAGCUCUACAAAAAGAGCACGGUGCAUCCGACGCCGUCGGCUGUGUCAGAGCACCUCCUCUCAUUUCUACCGGCGGCGAUUUUAGCUCUCACCGCCGCUCUAUCUCCGGCGGACAAGGAAGUCCUCGCCUACCUCAUCUCCUGCUCCUCCGGCAGCCAGGGCAGGGCCACCGCCGCUCCGGCGAAAGGCGGCGGCGGCGAUUGCCACAAUCCGUGCUUCAACUGCAGCUGCUUCCGCUGCUACACGAGCUAUUGGGCAAAGUGGGAUGCGUCGCCCAACCGCCAGCUCAUACACGAGGUUAUCGACGCCUUCGAAGAAAAAGAGAGCAAAAAAGAGAAGAGCAAAAAGGAACGGCGGAAGGGCAAAACGGUCAAAUCCGGUGUUUCAAUUGAGCCGAAAAUUUCCGAGCCGAGUUUGACCGCCGUUGAAUUUGAGUCAAACGCGGCGGCGGAUGGCCGCGGCGAGGAGGAGGAGGUUGUUGCCACGGCGGAGGAAUUUGACAAGGGCUCCUCGGUGAGGAGGUUUGUGAGUUGGGCAUGGGGCGUUUGGGGUUGA